AUGUCUGAAGCCAUCUCUACGGGUAGCGUGAUGAGCGCCGUAAAUGUGUCAGUGAUGGAGGAGAAGGAGGUGAAGGUGAAGAACCCGCAACCGGGCGAUGGUGUUAGUGAGAAAGAACACAAGCAUGAGAUCAAGGAAAUCAUAGAAGCCGAGGUUGGGACUGAUGAUGAUGAUGAUGAUGAUGACGGUUCGGCGAUUCUUAAAGUGUCCGAGAAGGGCGAUACUGAUGCUGAAAAGGAGGACUUGAACGCCCUCGCCCAAUGCACUGGUUCUCAACCCCAAGAUGCUGUCGUACUGCCUUCAGCUCAGCCUUUGAUGGCUGACAUGCCCGUCGACAAGCCGAGUCCGUCUGAUAUCAAACGUAAUUUAACACCACGAGAGGCUCGGCAGUUGGUGGAGCUGCAGUAUCAUGAACAACUACGGCAGUACCAGCGGUGGCUUCUUGCUUUGGCGGAGGCUGUCAGAGAGAGGCGGCGAGCUGAGGAGGCACCGCAUGCACAACAGACAAACGAGGUUGUAGCGAAGCCGUCGUCGGCAACGAAGGAUGAAGCAACGGAGAGGAGCGGCGAUCCGGCUGUGCAUGAUGACGAGAAGGUCGCUAAGAAACGGAAAGUUGAUGCAGGAAGAGAGGACGGCUUACGGCCGGAUUCUCGAGAAGAGGCUAGUUGA